GUCUGCUGCCUCUGUUGAAUACAAGCAAUGGACAUGGAGAAGGUCAACUCUAUGGACUUUGGAGAAUUUGUGGAUGUGUUUGGGAAUGUCAUUGAGAGAUGUCCUCUGAUUGCAGCCGCUGUCUGGUCCCAGAGGCCGUUUUCUGACUUGGAAGAUUUAGAGAAGCACUUUUUCGCGUUGAUUGAUGCUCUUCCGCAGUCAGGCCAAGAGGGCAUCCUGCGCUGCCACCCGGACCUGGCGGGCCGCGAGCUGCAGCGGGGCACGCUCACAGCCGAGUCGCAGCGGGAGCAGAGCGGCGCGGGCCUGACGAGCCUGGGCGCGGACGAGCGGCUCCGGCUGGCCGAGCUCAACGCGCAGUACCGCGCGCGCUUCGGCUUCCCCUUCGUGCUCGCCGCACGCCUCACCGACCCGGCUGCGAUGCCGCGCGAGCUAGCUCGCAGGCUGCACUGCCCGCCCGCGCAGGAGCUGCGCACCGCCCUCGGCGAGGUGAAGAAGAUCGGCCACUUGCGUCUCGCGGACCUCCUCUGCGUGGACCCCUCGGGGCCGUAG